AUCUUGAUGUCUUUACUCUUUGUUUUGUUUUGUUAUUUUUGCUUUUCAUUUUGUGAUAGUUGUAAAAUGUAAAUAAAAUCGGAAUGGAAGAAAUUGCAGAGGUUGCUGAAACUUUAUCUCACGAUGAUCUCCUUGAAAUAACGAAGUCGUCACUAGUUAAUCUAUUGCGUUCAGAUUCAUUGCUGUCCGAUUUACCGUCUGAUAUAAUUUUGGAGGAGAUAAUUUCGCUGACUGCUGUAGAACAUGGCCAGUCUAUUAGUAUCACUAUCUUCAGAGAAAAUGAACCAUCUUUAAAAGUAAUUGUUGCACAAAAUGCAACAGUAAGAGAACUGAAGAAAGCCAUUGCAAGACAUUUUGAAAUACACCAGCAAAGGACUGGGAAUAAAGUCAAGAUAUCUUGGAAGUACAUAUGGAGGACCUAUGACUUGAGCUUUGACAGUAUCAUUUUGGAUGAUAAUAGCAGUUUCAUAAGCAAUUACGGAGUCACAAAUAAAGUUACAUUGAAUUUUAAGAAAAAGAGAAAAAAACCAAAGCAAUAAUUGUAAAUUAUUUAUUUUUAUAAUAACCUACAUCCAUAAGUAAAAUAAAGAUAAUAAUGCUUAAUUAAAUACAAGUAGUAUUUCUUAUAACAAAAAUAUACUUCUGUGAAAGUUAUAUGAAACAAAUCAGACAUCAGCUGCUUGUUAUAUUUAACAUAAUUUUCUUCUUUCUAGAUACUUAACAUAAUUCUGAUUAAAAUCAAAUGCUAUAAUUAGAAAAAUAUUUAUAAUAACUUUGUAUUAUAUUAUAAUGUAAUAAACUAAUAUUCUACAUA